CUAUUUCUGAUUUAUUAUCCCUGGUGGCUUCAUUGUUCCUGAGUAUUUUCUGGAAUCCGUUGUUCAUUAACGCCGGAUUGCCGAUUGUAUUCGUAGACAUUCAAGCUGCCUUUGCCACAUGGCCCUAUGGCUGCUUCGGAAGGAUAACGGGGUGGGUAACGGCGUUCAUUACCUUUGAGCGUUGUUUGUGUGUGGUCUGGCCUCUGAAGGUUAAAAGAAUAAUAACCUCAAAGGUAAUCAUUGUCGUUAUCUUGUCUAUCUGCCUGACCAUGUUUUUCACUAUGGUACCUUUGUAUGCAACGUCACCACUUGGAUGGAUAUCAUUUCCUGGAAAUACAACUUUACUGGGUUCCUUCAUAACCUCAAGCACUGAACUAUCAGCCAGUGUGUCAUACACUACUCAUGCAGUCAUCCAGUUGUGCUGUUUCUUUGCUGUUCUUGUCUUCACGGCAGGGCUGACAAUCCGUUUAAGACAAAAGACGCGAUGGAGAAACAAGCUAACAUCUACACAGAGUUCAACAUCGAAAUCGACACAAAGAGAGGACAAAGCCAUCAAAAUGGUGACCCUGAUUGCAACAAUUUACGUCGUGUGCUAUUUACCAACUAUAACAUUUCUCAUUGGAACCGUUUUACAUCCGGGGUUCAAUGCCAAGGGUGAUUACAAAAAUGUUUUCUUUUCCGCGUGGUCUUUUGUUAUAUUAUGUGGCGUUGUGAACUCUUCAGUGAACUUAUUUGUGUACCACCAUAUGAGUUCAAAAUUCAGAAAAACAUGCGACGAGGUAUGCGGACAAUUUCUGCCAUUUAUAAAUUCUAUACAAACAACGUAA